AGCUGAAAAAUUAAAAACCAUAUGUUCCGUAUGAGUUUCAUGUACGAACUCUAUUACACCGUUCUUAAACUAUUUAAUAAAAUUGCAUCGGGAAUAAACAACGGACACCAACCUAUGAGCUUAUUUAACUUCCUUCAAUUUAUCUUAUAUGCGUGAAUGACAUCGGACGUACAACAACCAGUGUCAAGUAUUUCGUCGCAGCUGAAACGUUGACACACAGACAAACGGCUAGUGAUGGAAUUUGAUGAUGUGGUCCGACGCGUUGGAGAAUUUGGCAGGAUUCAGCUUCGAACGACAAUAUUUAGUGGUCUAGUGACAAUGUCGACAGCCAUGCAAAUGAUGGUAACAGUCUUUAUGCAGCAAUUACCGACGUAUAGGUGCGCCAUUCCAGACCUGGCAAAUGACACCUUUGGAAUCCAGGGUACAUGGCACCAACAUCUUAUCAACCAAACCAUUCCUGUAGACGAGAAUGGGGAGUAUGAGGGAUGUCUGUGGCGUAGUGGAAAUGAUUCCGGGAAUGGUAGUGUGUUGCCGUGCAAGGACUGGGUUUAUGAUACAUCUGUAUUCCCGAGAACGUUUCCUACAGAAUUUGGACUAUUUUGUGACAGUUCCUUGCUAAUAAAUAUGGUAAACGUGGUCUAUCUAGCAGGAGUGGCCGUGGGGGCCAUUGUCGGUGGUUUAGCAGCAGACUAUAUUGGCCGCAAGUGGGUAUCUUUCAUCGCCUGUUUGAUACAUGGCGUCGGAGGAUUGGGAGCCGCUUUCUCACCUAACUACGGAGCUUAUGUUGCAUUCCGUUUCUUCGUGGGCAGCUGUCACGGCAUUCUUAACAACUCGGUUGUGGUUCUGAGCAUGGAAUUUGUAUCACCAAGAAGACGCUUGGUAUCCGUGUGCACAUUAGCUAUGUCCUGGGGUAUAGGCAUGGUGCUUACAACUCCUGUGGCUUACCUUAUACGAGACUGGAAAUAUCUACAGUUGGCUGUGGCCUUACCACCAUUCUUAUACCUAGGCUUCUGGUGGGUAAUCCCGGAGUCACCUCGUUGGCUGUUAUCUAGGGGUAGAUACGCAGAAGCUGAGGACAUAGUGAAAUGGGCGGCAAGAGUAAAUAAAAAGGCGAUUCCAGAAGUCGACCAGCUAUUCAAUGAACAUUCUUUGCAAAUAACCCCCUCUUUAAGUCCUCUUAAAAUUUUUCACGCACCAAGACUUAUGGCGAGGACAGCAGUGAUGAUUUUCGGCUGGAUUACAGUCGCAAUUUCGUGGUAUGGUCUUACACUAAAUCAGGGUUCCCUAGAUGGAGAUAUCUUCAUCAAUGCUCUUGUCCUGUCUGUAAUCGACCUCAUAGCCUACGCGUCGAUGUUCAUCAUCAACAAAUUUGGAAGAAGAAAAACAUACUGUGCUGGCAUGAUGAUCUCUGCUUUGUCCAUGUUGACUACAAUACCUGUUCAUUUCUUUGCAGACAGAGAGAGUCCUUCUACCAGAACCGCCUUUACAGCUCUGUACACUAUAGGGAAACUGGGCGUCAGCGGUAACUUCUCCCUUCUUUUCAUGUGGAAUGGGGAGUUCUAUCCAACAGCCUUACGGAAUUUUGGAUUAGGUUUAGGGUGUACAUUUGGCCGUGUUGCGGCAAUUGUAUCACCAGUUGUUAUGGACCUAUUAGGAGAACAUCCAGUUCUUGGUAACACUGUUCCUCUGAUAUUGUUUGGCUGCAUGGCAUUGUUCUGUGCUUUGAGUGGUAUAUAUCUCCCUGAAACCGCCCACAAACACCUGCCAGAGACCUUGGAAGAUGCUCAAAACUUUGGAGUAAAACGGAGAAAAAGUGGCAUCAACCAAGACUCAAAUGAGAAUGCCCCAUCGACAUUUGAAAUGGUUUCUUAAGUGCAACGACUAUAAUUUCAUGGAUGUGGACUGAUUUUUGUAGCAGUUUGGUAUCUUUGUGUCAGCUGAUCCUGGCACAUUGUUGGCUUAUGUAUUAUGAUAUUUUAUAAAUGUCACACUGAUGAAUGGAAGCACGUUAAA